AUGGCUGCUGUGGCUGUUCUACGCAAUGAUUCUCUGCAAGCGUUUCUCCAGGAUCGUACACCAAAUUCUUCCCCGGAGUCCGCCAAGCAGUCUCCACUGGCUCUCUUAGCGGCAACAUGCAAUCGGAUCGGACAGACUGGGUCAACACAUACUGAUCUUUUCCAGGUCCCAUACGACCCAACCUUGAGUUCCCCGUCCCGCAUUUUUCACCCCUGGAGUAACGAGAUCCCGACUAACCCAGGGGGAAUCUCAUCCCACUCCAGCUUAACUCUAACUCCUCCAAAGGUUCAUCAGCUGCCGCCUCACAUUCAGGCGUCUUAUGGGUCUCAUGAACUUCCUCUAACUCCGCCGGCGGAGCCGUCGUACCCAUUCGAGCUCUCCCCCGUCAAGAUGCUGCCUUCAUCUAUGCAGACCUUAGCUUCAAGCUGCCAACCAACCUAUGUCCCCGCGGUCACCUACGGUACACCGACUCCUAUCAGUUCAGCCAUGUCAGGCUUUGUCCCAACUGGAUCCACUUUACUUUCUCAUCAACACAGGCAUAUGUCACCCAACCAAGUAGAGGACAUCCCCUGGUGGAGCAUCCAACAGAGUAGCAGUGCCAGCCACCCCUCAUCUAUUGCUCCUCAUCGUUUUCCUCUCCAGCGUUCCUUGGUUUUGGGUCAUUCAGACUUCGCCCAGUAUCAAACUCAGAUAGCGGCUCUUCUUCAUACCAAAUCUCCUCUGGCUACUGCCAGGAGAUGCAGAAGAUGCCGCUGUCCCAAUUGCCAGUCUUCGAGCAAUGGGGAUGAGCCCGGGAAGAAGAAGCAGCACAUUUGUCACAUUCCAGGAUGCGGGAAGGUUUACGGCAAGACGUCUCACCUGAAGGCUCACCUGAGAUGGCACACUGGCGAGAGGCCCUUCGUCUGCAACUGGUUGUUCUGUGGCAAAAGUUUCACUCGAUCAGACGAGCUCCAGAGGCAUCUGAGGACUCACACUGGGGAGAAACGCUUUGCCUGCCCAGAAUGUGGCAAGAGAUUUAUGAGAAGCGACCAUCUGGCCAAGCACGUUAAAACUCACCAAAACAAAAAAACAAAACUUAGCGUGGAAAAUGUGAAAAGGGAAGACGGGAAUAUGCCAGGGCACAAUUAA